AUGAUCUGGCCUCCUCCAAGCACCAAUGACAGUAUAUUUGUUAUCACGCCUCAGAGCAGUUUCAUCUCCACAACAGACACAGUCAGAGUCCUGUAUAGUUUUAAUGCCCGGAGUACAAAUGAGCUGACAAUUAAACAGGGUGAAGUCUUGUGUAAGUUGAGUGAUGAAGGUGACUACAUCAUGGCCAGAAAACUAACAGGCAGUAUGGAAAGUGGGUUAGUUCCAAGAUCCUACGUGACUCAGUCCAGUCUUCCAGAUGGUCACUACUCCAUCCAGGAACCUUGGUACUUUGAAGUGGCAAACCGCAAUGAAGCUGAAAGACUGCUCAUGAGUCCUCCGAAUGCCCAUGGCUCAUUCCUUGUGCGCCCAAGUGAUAGAAUCCCUGGGCAGUACUCACUAUCUGUGCGCAAUGAGAACAAAGUCACCCACUUCCGUAUCAGUGUCAGUGCCAUGGGCAAGUUUUAUAUUCAGAAUGAAAGAUUAUUUGCCUCCAUUGAAGAACUCAUCAGCUUCUAUAAAGUAAACUGGAAAGUCAUCAAAAGUCCGUUGGCCCAGGCUUGUGUCUCGGUUGUCUGUCAAAUAGACGAGUGGGAAAGACCACACAGUGAGUUUAAGCUGGUAAAGGAACUAGGAUCAGGGAAUUUUGGAGUAGUUUGGGAAGGCCUCUGGAAUGACAAAUAUGAAGUUGCCAUAAAGACCUUGAAACAAGACAACAUCAAUGAGAGUGAUUUUAAAAAGGAGGUUGAAGUUCUCAAGGGCUUGUGUCAUAGGAACCUGAUCAAACUUUAUGCAGUUUGCUCAAUUGAAGACCCGGUCUAUAUAGUCACUGAGCUCAUGUCUAAAGGAAGCCUCCUGCAGUUCUUGAGAGGUGAUGAAGGACAUAAUUUAAACAACGCUAAGUUCAUGCACAUCAUCUCUCAAGUGGCAGAUGGGAUGGCAUAUCUUGAGAACAUACAUCUAGUGCAUCGAGACUUGGCCGCUCGCAAUGUGCUUGUGGGGGAGGAACUGUUGUGCAAAAUUGCGGAUUUUGGGUUAGCCAGACUACUUAAGGAUGAUUAUUACUUAGUGCAAUGCAACAAGAACAUACCAAUUAGAUGGACAGCCCCCGAGGCACUGACACAUUGCAAAUACUCCACAAAGUCAGACGUCUGGUCGUAUGGCAUUGUUUUAUAUGAAGUCUUCAUGUUGGGGCAGCAGCCCUACCAAGGAAUGAAUAACAAUGACACGCUCGAUAAGGUCAGAUCGGGACACAGGCUUCCAAAGCCAGAUCGAUGUAGUAGAGCUAUUUAUAGCGUGAUGAUGGAAUGUUGGGCGGAAAACCCUAAACAAAGACCAAGCUUCUACGAAAUUGUGGAGAAACUAACUGCCAUCCAGCGUCGCGUCCGAUGA